GGUAAGAAGUGCGCAUGCGCGCCAGCACUUAAUCUUCUCCGGCGAGUUAGUGUUCAACACCUUCUCACAGCAAAAAUGCCGAGAAAGAAGUUUUAAAAACAACAUUUAACUCGUCCCUCGGCAGUCGGCGCGGAGCCCGGCGACGCCCGCGUGCGCAGCCCGCCUCGGAGAGAAACUUUUAUGACUUUGUUCGGGUCGAAAGGCAGAGUCGGCGAAGCUAGUUCCGCCUUGUGUGCCCUCAGCGCGAUGGACAGCGGCGACGAGCGUCAGCAGUGACCGACGACACACCGGGGGAACGCGUCUGCUGCCCGUCCGACACAGGCGGCGAGGUCACCGGGGAAGAAGCUGCUGACUGCUGAGUUUUGGACACUGUGAUGGAAAAUCCUGACGAUGAAGUCGACCUGCAACACGGAACAAAGGACGGUGAAGAAGCCAACUCUGGUGGGGGAACGCCUCCGACCAAACGCAAAGGCAAGUUCUCCAAGAUGGGGAGGAUCUUCAAGCCCUGGAAAUGGAGGAAGAAGAAGCCAAGCGAGAAGUUUGCUGAAACGUCUAUAACUUUGGAAAGAAAGAUUUCUGUUCGAAAAAGUCGCCAAGAGCUGAUUGCGAGAGGUCUUCUAAAGGAUAUCCCAGAGAAUGAGAGCAAUAAUGUGAUCCACUCCAAAGCUCCACCAGUGAAAAAUGGGCACCCGGUGCCAAUGGACGUGGACAGGGUGUCGGAAGCUGGCGCUCGAGUGUCUCGAGGGGAGUCUGACAUGAAGGUGAAUCCCCUCAGGCUCGUCCAGGGAGAGGAGCGUCGAGGCAGAGUGGCGUCUGAUGCCUCCAGAACUAACCGCGCACCUCUGGAUGUGGACUCUCACGCCCGGCUGGCAGUGGAAGCAGACAGGCGAAGCCGUCUGCCAUCAGAUGUUGAUAAGAAAGGGGGAUCUCUACCCCGAGGGCCUCCUCAAGAUGAUAGAUACCGUCGAGAAGAAAGGAGGGACGGAAGAGAUGAGAGGGAAGACAGAGGAAGGAAGGACAGGGAAGACGUGGAGAGAAAGGACAGAGACAUCAGAGAUAGGCCAGAAUGGAGGGAUGACCGUGAGAGGAGAGACGAAAGGAGAGGUGGUGACGAGAGGGAACGAAGAGAUCGGGAUGAGAGGGAAAGGAAGGAUAGGGAUGAGAGGGAAAGGAGGGAUAGGGAUGAGAAGGAAAGGAGGGAUAGGGAUGAGAAGGAAAGGAGGGAUAGGGAUGAGAAGGAAAGGAGGGAUCGGGAUGAGAGGGAAAGGAGGGAUAGGGAUGAGAAGGAAAGGAGAGAACGCGAAGAGAAGGAACGGAGAGAUCGUGAUGAGAGAGAAAGGAGAGACCACCGAGACAGGAGAGAUGAUCGGGAUCGGCGGCCUGAGAGGGAAAAGAGAGAGAACCGGGAUGAGAGAAAAGAUGACAGAGAGGACAAGGAGAGGAAAGAUGCACGGGCAGAACGAGACGAGCGAGAGAGGAAAGACGACCGAGACAGGCGGGAAGACAGAGAGAGGAGAGAGGACAGGUGGGAUGAAUGGGCCAAAAGAAACGAAAGAGAGCGUCGAGAUGAGCGGGAGAAGAGGGGGGAGAAGGAGAGGAGAGAAAAGCUGGACGACCUGCGGCCUUUACUCCGGCCCGUCUCGGAGUUGAGCCUGCGGCCUUCUCUACAGAAGAGCUCGUCAGAGGAAAACAAGAAGACUCGUCCUGCCUCGGAGUCCGACCGGAGGAGUACGCUGCCCAGAAACUCACCAACCACAGAGUUCAGAGAUCGCUCAGAGUCCGCUGUUGUCCGCUCCACCCCUGACCCUCAUCCGAUGCAAGACUCCCAGCAGGAACCUGCCCCACCCAAACACGCUCUGCUUCCCCCCAGAUCCCUCACCGCUCCCUCCACGGAGUCCGGCAGGAGUCCGACCCCCUCCUCCUCCUCUUCAUCCUCCUCCUCCUCUACCUCGUCCUCCUCCUCCUCCGCUCCCGUGGCCGUGGCCAAGCCGCCGAGGACCGUCUCUCUGAUAGCCGACGAUCCACCCCGACCCUCCUCGGCUGACACUGACACGCCUCCCCCUGUCCCUCCCCAUGCCAAGCAGCCUCCCGCCCCACCACCCAAACCCACCAACCGCAACAGCAACCCCGCACUGCUGGCUUCCUCAUUGAACAGGGGCUCUAAGGCCAGGCAGCCUUGUUACUGGACCAGCUGGAGGCGUCAGAGUGAGCUCGGCCUCUACCUCUCCCUUCCUGCGUACGUGCGGCAUGGGGCUGCAGGGAACUCCUCAGCGGAGCUUUCACAGCCUGGAAUCGGUGUCAUUGUCGUCCCAGCACCCGCCAAGCGCUCUCCGCCAACCCCACCCAAGAGGAUGACCCCUGUCACCAAGCGCCAUUCUGUGGAUCCUUCCCCUCCCGGACAGGUCCCAGAGUCUGCUGCUGCUGACCCGUCUGCUGCCCCUGCACUUUCGCACCCUGCUGUCCUUAAAGGAGAUAACAGUGAGGAUAAAACAGCAGUACCUCAGACUGCCACUGACCCUCUGCCUCCGCCGCCGUCCCACAUACCUCCAUCACCUCCCAGGGAUCAUGCGAUCCAGCCGCCCAGCUCCAACCCCUCUGUUCCGUUGCCCUCCAUAGAAGCGGAUCCCCCCAGCCCGACCACCGAGCCUCCCAGCCAGCUGCCAUCCAUCCCCCUACACAUCCUCAUCCAGAGAGCCCUGGCCAGCCCUGGCCCUGCUCAGGCCAACCCAGACGGUUCUCAGAGGGCCCACUCACUUCUGUUUGAGUCCCCUCCAGACUUCCUUACCGAGGUCGGGGGUAACUCGAGGAAUUCUCUCCCCAUCACGAUUGAACCUCUCAGGCUGCCCGAUGACGAUGACUUCGACAUGGAGGAGGAGAUUCGGAAGCUCCAGCCCCACAGGCCUCCCCGCCAGCCGGAACUGGAGCCCCGCAGCCGGAGGGGUUUGAUCGGAGACCACAGAGUGAGCGUCAUCCCUGAGGUCAGAGGCCCCGGGGACAGCGAGGAGGAGUCUGACUCCGACGGCCCCAUCCUGUACAGAGAAGACGACGACGACGAUGAUGAUGAUGAUGACGACGAUGAGGGCCCUCCAAGUGGGUUGGCGAGCCGCGUAAAGAGGAAGGACACGCUGGCUCUGAAGCUGGAGAGGGAGGAGAGAGAGGAGAGGGACACUCAGGAGAACCACGACGGCAUGAGUUGGCACAACAAGGAGCAGUGGUUGGCACUGAAGAACAAGAUCGGCACCACGCUGACACGGCGGCUGAGUCAGAGACCGAGCGCAGAUGAGCUGGAGCAGAGGAACAUUCUUCAAGCCAAGAACGAAUCAGACCGACGAUUAGAAAGAUGCGAGAUCAAACGGCGGCUCACCAGAAAGCUGUCCCAGAGACCCACGGUGGCCGAACUCCAGGCGAGGAAGAUCCUGCGUUUCCACGAGUACGUUGAGUCAACGCACGCCCACGACUACGACCGGCGAGCGGAUAAGCCGUGGACCAAGCUCACUCCUGCUGACAAGGCUGCCAUCCGCAAGGAGCUGAACGAAUUCAAGAGUUCGGAGAUGGAGGUUCACAAGGAAAGCAGGAUCUAUACCCGGUUCCAUCGGCCUUAGCUGCCCACGGUGAAGCACUCAGCCUGGGAGCAGAGAGGCUGUACAAGCCCCUAUCCCCACAAAGAACUGAACAUGUGGCCCACUUGGUUCAUUUUUUUUCCAGCUGACUGCCUGCUAGCCUGCUAAAACUGGAACCAACGCGUAGAAAAGACGCCACAAUCGGUUCGACCUGCGGCUGCUUCCCCGACGUACUCUUUAAUUCUUUGACUGUGGAAUUCUGGACAGGAGGAGUUUGUUCGGCGUCAGGUGCCAAUGCUUCAUAGUGAGGAAGCCCCUCCUCCGUCUCACCGCUGGGGGGCUCCGAGGAGUUUGAUUGAACCAAGGGGGUGACUCUCUCACCAUGCCUUUACCUGCCUUCGUGACAUGAUCUCGCCCUCCCGUGCAGAGCAGGAAGACUAUGCACAUACAGAGAUAACUUCCUGUUAGCGCCGCUGAAUUUACCACUGAAUGAAUCAGGAGUUUAAACACUGUUAAUAUAUAUAUAUAUAUAUAUAUAUAUAUAUAUAUAUAUAUAUAAAUAUUUUUAUGCAUGUUUGCUACAACAGAUAUCCACCCAAAGGUGCCAUACGGCACCAGCCUUACCCCUCACAAGUUCUGACCCACUUAGGUGAUUUGACAUUUUGAUAAACCAUGAGAGACGCUGGCACAACAGUGUUUCUUAUAUAACCUCGGCUGCAGCCUCUUUUGAAAUCAACGGCUGAGCUCUGUGUGUGCAGAUUCCAACCCACUGUCCUAAAGUGUGCAUUUUACUGUAUGUUGUUGAUCAUUAAAAAAAAACUCUAAUGGAGCUCAUAUCACUAAAUUAUCUUCUAAUAAGGCACCUUCCUGCAUUGAACAUUUUAAAGUUUUGAACCUCAAUGUUUUUGUUUAUAUAAUUGAAUUAUUCAAGCAGGAAAAUGUACAUAUUUUUAUUUUCCUGACUGUUUUAUGGUACUUUAUAUAUAUAUAUAUGUGAGUCUAUAGAAGGCUGCAAUUGUAUAGAUCAAUAUGUAGAUUUGAUUAACUUUAUAUUGUAUAUCUACAAUACUGACAUGUUUUAAUUGUAAAGUCUUUUUCAAAUGUUAUUUCCAAUUUAGUAAUGGUGCAAAACUUUUUCCCCCCUCUUUUUUUUUUUUAUAUACAGAGAUCUUUAAACUUUUUGCAACCACACUGUAUGAAUGAAAAAUCUGCUCAGAAAUUAAAAAGAACCAGUGAUUUUCA